AUGGAAUGUGUGAGUUCUGUUAGCUACUCAGUGUUUGUCAAUGGACAACCUGGUAGAGUUAUAAACCCAACUAGAGGAAUUAGGCAAGGGGAUCCCAUGUCCCCUUACCUAUUUCUUAUCUGUGGAGAGGGCCUAAGUCAGUUACUUAAUAAAGCUGAGGAAGGGGGGAGGAUCAAAGGUGUAUUUGUGGCUAGAGGUGGUAUCAAAAUUAAUCACCUUAUGUUUGCAGAUGAUUGUGUGGUGUUUUGUAGAGCUCAGCUAGAGGAAUGGAGAAGAAUAGAGGGAAUUCUGUGUACCUAUGAGCUAGCUUUAGGUCAAACCAUUAGCAAGCAGAAAACUGCUAUUUUUUUUAGUAGCAACACUAAGGCUUCUGUAAAGAGCUUGAUCACCAGGGAGGUUGGGGCCACUGGUUGUAACAAUUAUGAUAAGUAUCUGGGAUUACCAGCUGUAGUGGGAAGAACUGGGAAAGAAAUCAUGAUUAAGGCAGUCCUACAAGCAAUUCCCACAAACUCUAUGAGUGUGUUUAGGAUGCCUAAGAAGCUUUGUGUGGAUUUGGAGGCUUUAAUGGCCAGAUUUUGGUGGAGACAAGGAAAGAAGGAAACAAGAAUUCAUUGGUGGAAGUGGGGGAGACUGGGUGACACAAAAGAAAUGGGUGGACUUGGCUUUAGAGAUAUGGAGAAUUUUAAUAAAGCCAUGCUAGCUAAACAAGGAUGGAGGCUAAUGAAAAUGAAGAAUUACCUUGUGGUUAGGAUCUAUAAUGAAAUGUAUCUUAAGGGUGGUUUAUUUACUGAUGCAAAGUUGGGACACAUGCCUUCUUAUAUCUGGAGGAGUUUGUGGUUUGUUAAAGAUGUGGAUAAAAAUGGGAAGAGGUGGAGGUCUCCUGUAAAGGUGUUGAGUGUUGAUGCUCGAGUAAGUGAUCUGAUAGAUGAAGAAAAAAGAGAAUGGAAAGUUGACUUGAUUAGGGAAGUUUUUUGUUCAGAAAAGGCAGAUACUAUAUGUACCAUCCCUAUUAGUAAAACUAGGGCAGAGGAAAAGCACUUUUGGGGGCUAUCUAGAGAUGGAAAGUUCUCUGUAAGAAACACUUAUCAUGCAGAAAAUCAGAAAAAUAGAGAAAUGAAUGGGGAAUCAAUCAUCUACUGUAAGGGAUGGGAAGGAAAAAUGGAAGCAGCUGUGGGCCUUACAUGUCCUAGGAGAAUGAAAGCAUAUGAUAUGGAGGGCCUUGAACAACAUCCUCCCCACCAGGGAGAAUCUGAAAAGCAGAAAGGUGCUAAAAGAGGCUAUGUGUCCAAUAUGCCUGUAGCAGGAGGAAUCAGUAGGCCAUGUACUAUGGAACUGUCCAGCUUCCUUGGAUGUGUGGACAGUAAAGGGGCCCUGUUCAAAAGUGGAAUUCAUGCAUAG